AUGGUAGAUGUAAUAUUUUUUAAGUCAAAAUAUCGUAGUGUCUUCACGAUAGCAGUGUCAAAGGACGAAAACAACAACAUAUUUCCUUUGGCUUUUGGAAUUGCAGACUCAGAAAAUAAUGAGUCUUAUAGCUGGUUCUUCAAUCAGUUAAGAAAUGCAAUUGAGGUAUGUGAACAAUUAUCUAUUCUAUUAGAUCGUCACCCAGCCAUUGUAAAUGCAAUUGCAAAUGUCUAUCUAGAGUGUCAGUACGAGAUAUGCAUAAGUCACAUAGAGAAGAAUUUAAGAAAAAGAUACUUCUCAGAUGUGGUUCUAUCACUCUUCUACAAUGCAGCAACAACAUACAAACAAACUAAAUUUUAUACUUUCAUGGAUAAGAUAGAAAAAGUUGAUAAAAGUAUUGCGGAGUACUUGAAAGAAGAAGAACAAGAAAGAUGGGCUCAUUCAUUUCAUACCAAUAGAAGGUACAAUAUGCUUACAACUAACAAUGUGGAGUCCAUGAAUAUGACACUGAGAAAAGUAAGGCAACUUCCAAUACUGGGACUGAUCGAUUACAUUCAGAACAAGUUACAAAGUUGGUAUUAUGAAAGAAAAAUAGAAGCACAAAGCAACUUUCAUAACAUCACACGUUGGGCAAAAGUGGAGGUGACUGACAAAAUUCAAGUCGCCUUGAAAUUGAAAGUAGACCCCAUUGAUGCAACAAGAUUUGUUGUAAGAAAAGGAGGAGUUAAAUAUAUUGUAGACCUGAAGAGUAGGACCUGUCAAUGCUUGCCUUGGCUACAAACAUACCAGGGAGAAAUCCUACCAGUUGGAAACACAAUAUCAUGGAUUAUCCCAGAUAGCAUAAAGGACCUGAUCACAAAACCCCCAGAUAAGGAGGUUCUGCUUGGGAGAAGACAAACAUCCAGAUAUCCUUACAGAACAGAAUCUUCAAGAAACAAUUACAGAUGUUUGAGAUGCAAAAGAACCGGGCAGAACAGAUCAAAUUGUCACUACACUCAUAUCCUUCAUCCAUAUGCAAGAAGAUACAGAAAGAAAAUAAGAAAACAUGAUUAG